GUGAUAGUUGGAAGCUGAUUACAGCGGCAAUUAUCUGAUUGUUUUUGUAACCAUGCAGCAGUCCGGCUUGGGGGCAGCGCUCCUGUUCGCUGUCGUCACUUUAACUGCCGCCGGCAGCUACGACUACAAGGACGUCCUGCAGAAGUCUCUCUUGUUCUACGAGGCCCAGAGGUCGGGCAAGCUGCCCUCCGACCAGAAGGUCACGUGGCGACACGACUCCGCCCUCCACGACAAGGGAAACAAUGGCGAGGACCUCACAGGAGGAUACUACGACGCCGGAGAUUACGUCAAGUUCGGAUUCCCCAUGGCUUUCACCACAACUGUCUUGGCCUGGGGACUUCUGGACCACCAUGCAGGCUAUCAGAGCGCAAACUCGGUGCAGGAGUGCCUGAAGGCCAUCAAAUGGGCCACCGACUACUUCAUCAAGUGCCACGUGAGCGAGUACGAGUACUACGGUCAAGUGGGGUCGGGCAACGUGGACCACGCCCACUGGGGGAGGCCCGAGGACAUGACGGAGGCGCGCCCCGCCUACAAGAUCACCGCCUCCAAGCCAGGCUCUGACCUAGCCGCCGAGACAGCGGCUGCCUUCGCCGCCGCGUCGCUCGUCUUCCGCUCCUCCAACUCAACGUACGCCAACGUCCUGCUGAAACACGCCCAGCAGAUGUACGAGUUCGGCUACAAGUACCGUGGCCUCUUCUCAGACUCCAUCACUGACUCCAAGUGCUGCUACACGUCGACCCACUACGAGGACGAGCUGGUGUGGGGGGCGGCCUGGCUCUACAGGGCCACCGGCGACAAGACCUACCUCACGUACGUGGACGUGCUCUGGGACAGCUUCAAGAACAUGUACGGCUUCGACUGGGACCAGAAGUUCGGCGGCGCCACGGUGCUUCUGGCCAAGCUGACCGGCGAAACCAAGUACAAGACAGCAAUCACCAACUACUGCGACUACGUGUACGAGAAGGGAACGAGGACCAGCAAAGGCUUGAUCUUCAUCUACGACUGGGGCCCACUGCGGUAUGCCAUCAACAUCGCGUACGUCUGCUUGCAGGCGGCGGACCUGGGGAUCAAGACGGCGAGCUACCGGGCAGAGGCCAAGAAGCAGAUGGACUAUGCUCUGGGGGAUGCCGGCAGGAGCUACGUCAUCGGCUUCGGCAACAACCCGCCCACUCACGCCCACCACAGAGCAGCGUCGUGCCCGGACAAGCCCGCCACGUGCGACUGGACCACGUACCACGGCAGCCAGCCCAACGCGCACGUGCUGUACGGCGGGCUGGUGGGCGGGCCCAACAAGACGGACCAGUUCACGGACGUGCGCACGGACUGGCGGCACACCGAGGUGGGCUGCGACUACAACGCCUGCUUCCAGUCCAUGCUGGCCCACUUCGUGCAGCUGGGGUACUGAGUGCGGGCUCCGAUCACGAGGAGUCCGGCGGCGCUCUCGUGUCUGCAGGCUCCACCUUCCGUACGGGGGCCAGAACUCAUCUUUCAAACCAACCAAAGCACUAGACUCUGCCUUCCGUACGGGGCCCAAAACUCAUCUUUCAAACCAACCAAAGCAGGGACGUGACUGGACCACCUUCCGCACGGGGGCCAGAACUCAUCUUUCAAACCAACCAAAGCACUAGACUCUGCCUUCCGUACGGGGCCCAAAACUCAUCUUUCAAACCAACCAAAGCAGGGACGUGACUGGACCACCUUCCGUACGGGGGCCAGAACUCAUCUUUCAAACCAACCAAAGCACUAGACUCUGCCUUCCGUACGGGGCCCAAAACUCAUCUUUCAAACCAACCAAAGCAGGGACGUGACUGGACCACCUUCCGCACGGGGGCCAGAACUCAUCUUUCAAACCAACCAAAGAACUAGACUCUGCCUUCCGUACGGGGCCCAAAACUCAUCUUUCAAACCAACCAAAGCAGGGACGUGACUGGACCACCUUCCGCACGGGGGCCAGAACUCAUCUUUCAAACCAACCAAAGCACUAGACUCUGCCUUCCGUACGGGGCCCAAAACUCAUCUUUCAAACCAACCAAAGCAGGGACGUGACUGGACCACCUUCCGCACGGGGGCCAGAACUCAUCUUUCAAACCAACCAAAGCACUAGACUCUGCCUUCCGUACGGGGCCCAAAACUCAUCUUUCAAACCAACCAAACAGGGGACGUGACCAGGUCACCUUCCGUAUGGGGACCAAAACUCAUCUUUCAAACCAACCAAAGAAGGGACGUGACUGGACUCUGCCUUCCGUACGGGGGCCAAAACUCAUCUUUCAAACCAACCAAACCAACACCUUACCAGAUAGCACCUCAUGUUGCUACCACAUUAAUUCCACUACUACAAAUUUUUUUUUAUUCCACUUGGAUGGUAUUUGCAUUCAUUUAAUAUUUUUUUAUAAAUCACAAGUUGGAUAGUUAGCAAAAAAUUCUAGUUUUUUUUUAAUAUUUGACUAGUAUAUAUAUAUAUAUAUAUAUAUAUAUGUAUAUUUCAAUACACAUAAUUCAGUUUAUCUGCCCUCCAACUUUUUUUUUUCUGCGUUCUAUCACUACGAUAUUCAAGUGGAUGCUAUCUAUAGUAAAAAUAACUCUGUUAGUUCAUUACAUCCCUCUCAAAAGACACUCGGGUCAUAAUCCCUGUAUGCCCCCCCCCCUUUUUUUUCCUACAGUUAAGUCCCUGUGUAUCUGAAAUAUUGGGUUCAUGUUCCUACAUCCCCGUCAUAGCCACUUUUCCCGACAUUCCUAUAACAACCAGCAAACUGUGUCUUUGUGUGUCUUACCAAUCAAUAAAAUACAUUUAUUAAUCUGUA